GACUAAAUACUUUUUUCCCCCACUGUAGGUGUGAAUUGCCUCAGCAUUUUUGUUUUUAAAUGUUUGCUCCAAAUAACUAAAUACAAAGAUUUAAUAAAUAAAAAAUCUGGAAAGCAAAAUUUUCCUGUUAUAAAUCUCAACAUGCUUUGUAUAAAGGUUAAAUAAAGUCUGAUGAGUGAGAACAUAGAGGGUGGUUAGUUAGAGCAAGGCUUUUCUUCACUAUAUUCAAAACGGAAAUAAUAACCUACCUGACAUGAGACCUGAGACCUUGUGGUGAAGUGAAGUUACAUACUUUACUUCAAACCUUUGACAUUUUGCAAACUGUUGACAGCUUUGACAUCUUCGCCUCAGAUUGAAACCGACACAUAGGCCUACUGGUCUGUUAUUCAUAUCUUACCGACUCAUGUUUUCCUUCCAUGUCAUCGCUAAAACCAAUAACAAAAGCAUCCCUGCCUUUCAAAACGUGGGUUUCAUGCAAAAGCAGAAAUAAUUUACAUUCCAGUGUGUACUGGUGUUUUGUACAGAACAUCAUAGGAUGUGGGAAAAUGUUGCAACAACUUGCACCUGUGACCUGCACAUACACCUCUGCGUCAUGUGACUUGUUCUAAGUCUGCCACACAUUUCUUGUAAAUCACUUUGGACAACUGGUUGUCAACUGAAUGCUUUUUGUUGUUGCUAUGUGCACAAACUGUCUCUUCUGAAGAUUUAAAAUCCAUGCCACUUGAAACUCAUUGGCUGAAUUGAAAUAUGACCUAAGGAAAUGAUGUCAUCAGUACAUUGUUUUUCGCAUGAAAGCUGAUGGGUAGAGACAAGAUUUGAACUUGAUUCCAGAUUUCAAUAAUCUCGUAGACCAGGAUUUACAGUAUCACCACCAUGGGAUGGCUUCCAAUAGCUGGAAAAGCAAAGUUAUUUCGAAUGUUCUUUCCUACCUUGACUAUAAGACAGGAAAAUUCAUCAUUGUAAAAAGCAAGAGAGUCGGCAGUUUGUACAGAGUUAUACAAUUAUCCAUCAUUGGAUACCUUGUUGGGUAUGUAUUCCUGAGCAAGAAGUCCUACCAGACCGAAGAGUCUAUCCAGAGUGCUGUGAUGACCAAACUGAAGGGAGUGGCGGUCACCAACACAUCAGAGUCCGGACGGAUGGUGUGGGGACCUGUGGACUACGUCAUUCCACCCCAGGGGGAAGCAGUUUUUUCCAUUGUUACCAAUUUUAUAGAGACACCAAACCAGAAGUUGGGCAACUGUGCUGAGAGCCCCAAUGUGCCAGAUGGCCACUGUAAGGGAGAUGAAGACUGUGCAGAGGGAGAGUUAGUGGAAGCUGGCCAUGGAGUUAGGACAGGCCGCUGCUUGAGAGACAAUGGGAAAUCCAAUGGUAUGUGUGAGAUAUAUAGCUGGUGCCCCGUUGAGAGAAGCUGCAAACCACAGGGUAGACAUAAACACAAGAAUAUGUUAACGGAAGCUGAAAACUUCACCAUCUACAUAAAAAAUGUCAUCCGAUUUCCCAAAUUCAGUUUCUCAAAGGCCAACGUCCAGGACACGGCUGAUAAAUUCCAUUUGAAGAAAUGUCACUACGAUGAGGCCCUUGAACCCUACUGCCCCAUAUUCCGUCUGGGAGAUAUUGUUAACCGAACUGGUCACAGCUUUCAGGACAUGGCUUUGAUGGGUGGUUCAAUUGGAAUUCUGAUUGAGUGGAAGUGUGACCUUGACAGAGAUCUCUCAGAAUGCCAGCCACGGUACAACUUUACUCGCAUUGACAUUAACGUGUCCAGAGAGUCCUCAGGAUUAAACUUCAGACAUGCUCGCUAUUACAAAACUGAGUCUGGAGAAAUCUACCGAACACAAUUCAAAGUGUAUGGUAUACGCAUCAACAUCAUGGUGCAUGGAAAGGCUGGAAAGUUCUGUAUCAUCCCCACCGUUAUCAAUAUAGGCUCAGGACUAGCUUGUAUUGGUGGUGGGGCCUGGUUCUGCGACUGGAUUAUUCUCUACCUGAUGAAAAAUAGGGAGUUCUAUAAGCACUGGAAGUUUGAAACACUGAAGAAGAAAGACAGCAACACACGUAACAUCAUAGAACACCAUAACAGUACUACAGAGGAUAUAAAACAAACCCCAGAAGAGCAGCAGCUCACUGACCUAUCACCAGAGGUUUAACACCAUGGCAGCAGCUCACUGACCUAUCACCAGAGGUUUAACACCAUGGCACCAGCUAACUGACCUAUCACCAUAGGUUUAACACCAUGGCAGCAGCUCACUGACCUAUCACCAGAGGUUUAACACCAUGGCACCAGCUCACUGACCUAUCACCAGAGGUUUAACACCAUGGCAACAGCUCACUGACCUAUCACCAGAGGUUUAACACCAUGGCAGCAGCUCACGGACCUAUCACCAGAGGUUUAACACCAUGGCAGCAGCUCACUGACCUAUCACCAGAGGUUUAACACCAUGGCAGCAGCUCACUUAGCUUUACCUAAAGAAGCCGGUGUAAAAUAAACGCCUGAGCGGAAUGCCACACAUUCUGGUCAUGAGGAGAGAGAGAAAAACUGUUGGGGAGGUUCUCUUCUGCACUGUUCAACCAAUCCACACUCUUUUUGGA